AUGGUUGCUCACCGGAAAUCUGAUUUCAAGUCGAAAUGGGCGAUGGUUGUGACAGUCAAUGAUCUCAAUGAGAAGAAAAGAGAGGAUUUAAAAGACUUCGCUGGAUGGUUCAUCGAAACGUUGAGAUUGGAAGGAGCUUUCAUUGGACAUUACUUCAACUACGAGACAGCUCCCGUCACAAUUGUUGAGACUGAGCAGAAUAGUUUCGAAUCGUGCACCAAUGCGUAUCAAAAAAUUCACAAGCACCCGCAAGUCGUCUUGGUUGUUCAUAUCCUACCUCAAACUCAAUCCCACGAGUACGAAUGGAUGAAAGUUUUGGCCUCACGAUAUGGGUUUAUUCGCCAAGGUAUUCUCCACGAGAACUGCGUUAACCGUUUCCAAAACGUUGACACUGACCAAAACAGCGUCUUCCGAAACAUGUGCCAGUGGAUAUAUCGAAGCGGAACAGCUAUUAUCCGAAACGAGGGAAACUCCUGUGGAAUUCUCCAUGGAAAAGAUGCGAAACCGACUUUUGAAAAAGUGCUCUUCAACAGUGAAGACAUAAAGGAUGCAGUUUUCAAAGUGCUCCACAAAGAAGAGGAACCUAGAGGAGCUGAAUUGGAAAACAUCGUCAAAGUCAGCGGAUACCCAGAAAUGCUCAAUGCUUUUGGAGUCGCACAACUGCUCAGUCCAUAUCGAGUCAAUGGAAUAACACUGACUGGACCACAAUCAGCAGUCGUCACCCUUGAGAAUAAAUUCCAAGUUUAUCAAGCCGUUCAAGAGUUCCACGGAAAGAAGCUCGAUCGCAAUCAUAAGCUCGAAGUCAUCAGCAACGUUGUUCCUUCUCCUGCAGUCCAAGUUCAGUCGCCUUCAUUCAAAGAUUCCAAAAAGCAUAUUGAAAAUCUGAUGGGAAAAUUGAAAGUCUCAACCUAA